GACAGCUUAAACUUCUUCAUAUGACCACAGGUUUGCAAGCUCUAUAUAACAGGGACUCUGAGAAGAGGAAGGUUGUUCCUGCUGGAGUUCUCAGCCCUGUUGACAGCUGCAUUCAUUCAUCUAGGAGGAAGCCAAAAAGCAGGUUGGAUACCCAGCACAAAAGGACCCUGACCUGGCAUGUCUCCCAGGAGCCCUCACCCUCAGGCCCUUCUUCUUCUGCUCGUCAUCACGGCCACCACCCUUCUCCCAUGGAGCCAGGCUACACCUUACAGUGACUUCCUGGAGAGGCACAUGGACAACCCGAAAUCUGACUUGCAGAGUGACACCACCUACUGCAACCUGAUGAUGCAACGGAGACACCUGAACUGCCAGCGAGGCAACGCCUUCAUCCAUGCCAGCGAGCAGCAGCUGACUUCCAUCUGCAAUUCCAGAGGGAAGAUCCUGGAUGGGAACCAGACCAGCAAGACCCUCUUCCCGAUCACCAUCUGCACCCGGGGGAAAGGCCUCCGGAGAGUCUUCUGCAGGUACAAGGGGAAAAGCAAAAUCAAGAGGAUCCGGGUCACCUGCCAGAAGGGUUUCCCAGUCCACUACAUUUCUCAUGCUUAAGCCUAGCAGUUGGAACAGGCCUGGCUGCUGAAAGAAUUCUGCUUUUCCUUGGCCAUCGCUCUUCAAGCACAUCUACCCAGAGCAAUUUACAAAGCUGGGCCCCAUCUUGGCUGCUCCCUCCUGCGUGCUAUGCAAAUUACACUCUUUCUGAUGUGUCCUGUUUCUCUUUAUUCUGCACAGCACAUCACACAGCUUUAAUUCUGUCAGUGUUUAAAACAACGGCAGUGGUGUUUCUUUAAAACUCCAGAACGUGUCGAUCCAAAAGAGUCUGCAGCUUGCUUGCUAGUUUCCAUUAUACUAGUUUCCAAAUCAAGGGAAGCAGCCUCCACUGCCACCUGCCUAUGCAGGAUGGUUCAAGAAGGAAGGAAGGAAGGAAGGAAGGAAGGAAGGAAGGAAGGAA